AUGAAUGUGGUUGACCAAUAUUUUUACGAUCCCAACCCGAUCUUGAUCCGUGAGGUUUGGGCCUACAAUCUUGAAUACGAAUUCCACAUCCUCCGCCAUAUAAUCGACGAUUACCCUUUCAUUUCCAUGGACACCGAGUUCCCCGGUUUUCUUUACAGUACCAAUUCGAAGGCUUCCUCAAACACCACCAACGGAAAAGUGGAACCCUCCCAGAACUACGGCUGCCUCAAGUCCAACGUUGAUGUCCUCGAUAUUAUCCAGGUUGGUCUCACGCUUUCCGAUGCAAACGGUAACCUCCCUCACCUUGGGACUAGUAAAAAAUUUAUUUGGGAGUUUAAUUUUCGGGAUUUCGACGUGGAGAAAGACCCUCACUCGCCUUCUUCCAUCGCUCUCCUCCGCCGUCAAGGGAUCGACUUCAGCCGCAAUGCGGCGGAGGGCAUCGACUCCUUGCUGUUCGCAGAAUUGAUGAUGUCGUCGGGGUUGGUAUGCAAUGAGGAGGUGAGUUGGGUGACGUUCCACGGCUCGUACGAUUUCGGGUAUUUGGUCAAGAUUCUGACCCGACAAAGUUUGCCCCACGGGGUAAAGGAUUUCUUGGAAACGUUGAAGGCGUUUUUUGGAGAUAACAUUUACGACCUCAAGCACAUGAUACGGUUCUUUGACGGUCUUUAUGGCGGUUUGGACCGGCUUGCGGAAACCCUCAAAUUGAACCGAGUCGUUGGGAGGUGCCACCAAGCCGGCUCGGAUAGCUUGCUGACCUGGCAUAUAUUUGAGAAAGCGACGAAUAUUUAUUGUAGAAAUGAAGGGCCUAAGAAAUAUGCAGGAGUUUUGUAUGGAUUAGAACUUUCAUGUAGUUAG